CUUUUACUCUUUUUUUUUUUCUUCUUCAAAGCACUUUGAAUGGACCUCAUCGACUCGGACUCGGAAUCCAAGCCACAGUCGCAGUCCGAGCUGCCACCGCGGACAAUCAGCGACGAUGAGGUGGACCGGCUUCUGCGCCUGUCGCUGCUGCUCCGUGGGCGCCGCAGCACUGAGGAGAUGCUCAAGCGGCUGCCCCAAGUGCAGUCGGUCGAGGAGCUCGCUGCGGCGAACGCGCUCGACUCUGAGGCUGCGAUCGCCACGCUCAUCCAGCUCUAUCCAGCUGCAGAGACAACCACCCCGCAAAAGUACUUUGAGAUGUACGACCAGCUGGUCCGCUGGGCCCACCAGUCGCUCGAUCUCUACAAGAGCGAGCUCAAGAUUGUCCUCUACCCGCUGUUCGUCCAUUGCUACUUGGACUUGCUCGAACACAACCAUAUUGACGAAGCCAAAAAGUUCUUUGGCAUCCACCGUGGACUCUUCGAAGCCCAGGCUUUCCAUAUGGCCCGCCUUGAGAUGCUGAGCACACCGCAACAGGUGCUCGACAGCGAGGUGGGCACCUUGUUCCGACGAAACAAGUACACGAUGCGAUUAUCUGCCUACUCGUUCGACUUGCUGAUUGCCUUCCUCCACGAAACGCGAUCCAUGCUGCUGAUUGGCCUGAUCAACCACUACAUUAACAUUUCAGUGUUUUUCGGCUCUCCGCUGCAGCCCAUAGAGGCCGAGGCUGCCGCCGGUGUGGUCGACGACCCUUCAAACCGCCUGCCUCUUCGCGUCACGGGCGCGGGCGGCGUUUUGGGGUCGAGCCUCGGACCUGCGACCGGCAGCGGACCGUCAGUGAUGGUUUCGGCAAUUAAUGAGCGAAAGGUGCUCUGGGGCACCCUCCCCGAUAUCCACGAAGUUGAGCUUCUAGUGGACGACGCGGCGUUUCCAGUCCGCCGUCGAGGGCCACCCACCACAGCCGCUCCAAUCAUCCCCAUGCAAGCACCAGCCGCGGGCGAGGUGCCAAACUCGAGCUUUACCAUUCCUGGCACGGCUGUGUCCCACCGCGCCCCGCAGGAUGAGGAAGGACGCCCGCUGCGACCAGACCGCGAGCGCAUUCCUCUUCCACGCGUCAAAGACUCAGACCUCCACGCACGCAUCCACACUCUCCGCGAGACGCGACAGCGCGUUGCCCUCGGUGGCACCGGAGCGCUUCCGACGACUGCGUUCUACACAAUGCUCAACGCCAACCGCGAAGUCAACUGCAUCAACUUUUCGGAAGACACCGAGCUCAUGGCGGCUGGAUUUUCCGACUCGCACGUUCAAGUUUGGAAUCUUCGCGGCGACAAAUUCCUCCCAUUGAAGUCGGGCGCCGAUCUCGACGCCGUCCCGGACGUCAGCAGCAUUACCAUUGACGACCUGGUUGAUCGUUCGCCGGCCGCGAUGCUUGCUGCCUCCGAAACGCGCAGCUUGAUGGGCCAUUCGGGCGCUGUCUACUCGACAGACUUUUCCACUGACAAUCGAUUGCUUCUUUCCGCCUCGCAAGACAGCACCGUACGACUCUGGUCGCUCGAAACCAUGUCCAAUCUUGUCGUGUACCGUGGUCACCUGUCGCCCGUCUGGUCUGUGUCGUUCGCCUCGGUCGGACACUACUUUGCGAGCGCCUCUCACGAUCGCACGGCACGGCUCUGGAGUUGCGAGGAGAUUUAUCCCCUGCGCAUUUUCGCUGGCCAUGAGAGCGAUGUUGAUGUCGUCAAGUUCCACCCGAACUGCAACUAUGUCGCCACCGGCUCAAGCGAUCGAACAGUCCGACUGUGGGACGUGCAGUCUGGCGAGUGCGUGCGCUUGUUCACGGGCCACACUGGCGCCGUCAUGUCGCUUGCCAUCUCUCCUGACGGCAAGUACAUUGCCAGCAGCGGAGUCGACAAGACUGUCAUUUUGUGGGAUCUUGGCUCUGGGCGCCGAGUUUCUACCUUUUCUGGCCACGCGAAUGUUGUUUAUUCGCUCGAUUUUUCAAUUGAGGGAUCGCUUCUUGCAAGUGGUAGCGCCGAUAGCACAGUCCGCAUCUGGGACGUCAAAGCUGCAGUCUCCUCAGCCGCCUCUUCCAGCAACGCAACAGCUCGCAGGCCGCCAAAUGCGAAGGCCGCCAUCACCUCGCCUGAGCUGCUGACCACUUACAACACCAAAUCUACUCCUGUAUCCUGCUUGCGAUUUUCGCAUCGCAACCUGUUGUUUGGCGCUGGCGUGUUCCAAGCAUGAUGUUAGGAUAGUUAAAAAAAAAAAAAGUGUUGUUGAUCUGCUUGAUCUGCUUUAUCUUGAAAAAAUUUCGAACCAAACGCCAA